AUGUCGUCGCUCGCGCCUGGGGCCUAUGCUUUCGUGCAGUACAAUGACCUGGCCGACAACGGGCUCUGGCAUGAGCGCCUGAUCUUGGGCUGGGUCACUGCAUCGGAGUACAUUGUGAUGACCCCAGAUGGGGAUGUCUUCAUAGAGCAGCUCGACUCGGCGAGCGCGGACCUGUCAGGUAUCCGUUUUUCGCCUUCGUCGGGGGGCUUGCCCGCUGGGCUCGCGGGGGCGCCGCUCUACCGCUUCGCGGCGCAGCCUGCUGGGGCCGAGCUGACGGCGCUGCUCAACGAGGGGGCUUCGCACGCUCGCGUGGAGCGCCAGGCGAGGGGCUUGGCGCAGCCGCCCGGCGCGGGCAUGGCCGGCGGCCCGGGCGGCGUUGCCCCGGCGGUGGUGCCGAUCCCGCUGCCGGUCGCGCCGCCCCCGGCGGCAGCCGGCGCGCCCCCGCCGCCUCCGCCCGCCCCGAGGGUGGCGCCGGCCGCGGGCAGCUGGGUCUUCGACGUCCCUGGCCCCUCGCACGCGAUCGGGCAGGAGUUCCUCUUCCCUGCGGGCGGGCUGGACUUCGGGGGCCACGCGUUUGUCUCGGCGGGCGGGGCUAUCACCACGGGCUGCUUCGUCCGGGCGGACACGAACCUCGACGAGUGGGCGGCGGAGCGGCAGCUCUUCCUGAUGCAGGGCGAGCCGCGCCUGCUGCCCCGGCGGCAACCUGCGGGCCCAGUCCCAUUCACCCGCGACGCGGCGUGGCUGCACAAGGACCCCCGGGUCGAGAUCCACCUGAAGGGGCCGCCGACCAUGGGGGACUCGGUGACCGCGCUGAUGGCGCGGAGUCCGGGGGGCUUCAUGUCCUCCCACGAGCGCUGGCUGGUCGAGAGCAAGGUGCCCGCAGCCAGCCGCUCGGCCCGUGAGCAUCGAGUGGUCUCGAAGGCGCUCGAGCUCGGACAGGCGGUGGACGGCAUAAACCUGGCGAACCUCACCUGCAUGGAGUACCUCAAUAGGCGCCGCCAGUUGUUGGAGGAGGCCCACAAGACCGACCCGGACAAGGGCAACUUCGAGGGCGCCCACCACUUCAUGGGCGAGGAUGACGAUGGAGCGGGCACACUCGUCGCCCCGAGCCUCCGCUCGCACGUGGCCGGCGAGUUCGGCAAGGAGGCGGCCAUCGAGAAGGAGAGACGCAAAGCACGAGAAGCGAAGAAGCCACCUCCCGGAGACCAGCUCUUUUCGGAGGAGGGAGUGGCCCCGCCUUGGGGCUGGCCGGACGCACAGCCGCCCGGCUUCAGGCCGCCGCCGGGACUUCCGAGGCCGCCCGGCUGCCUGGACGAUCUCUUCCCCCUCCCGCUGCUCGACCCGCAGGAGGCCGAUUUUGGCGGCUCCGGCCGCGCCCGCACCGGGCAACGAAGGAGAUGCAUCCGUCGGGACGUGCUGAGUGACGCGAACGACUCGCUGAUGGGCCUCAAUGCUCUGUACGGCUGCGAGCGCUCGUCGGUUACCGCGCCCACCGAGGCGCAGAGGCUGGCACAACGGAGGUUGCUCCGUUCCGCUCGCUCUGCCCGACAAGUUUUUCCAGAUUUAUUUAACAUGAGCCCCCGUGAAGCUGCCAGUGAGCUUCUGGGAUCGCGCCUCGAUUAUCAGGGAUCGGUGACGACGGUCGUCCCGCACCGCGCCGAUGCCCUGUCUUUGCCCCCCGCAGGACGACAGCCGGUCAGCCUUCAGGGCGUUCUCGACCCUGAUGCCGCGCACGCGCUUGCUAACUUUGAGAGCCUCCUCGCCGAGCCUGAGGUUCGUCAGGCCCGUCGGGAGGGGGACCCGGUCCGACCGUACAUGGACGCUGUGCUUAAAAAUGAUCGGGCCCAGUAUGUGCAGUUUUUGGGGCAGCUCGCGAGCUGCCAUGUGCUCACUUCCACUAGGACCAAGAAAGCCUCUAUAGCUGCGGCGGAGAGCCUCAGCUCGUUGGAGGUCCCCGAGGGCAGGCAGUUGUACAGUGCAUGUGCUGAUAUCCAGUGUGCAUUCUAUCAGUGCGGAGAUAUAGGAGAUCUAUGCCAGUACUUCUGCCUCCCUAAGGUGACUCGGGCCGAGGCUCACCGCGCUGGCAUCCCCGUGAAGGACCUGGGUAGCACGAGCGACUUCGCGUACCCGGCGACGCAGGUGCUUCCGAUGGGUUGGUCCUGGGCCUUCUGGUUCGUCCAACGUCUUCACCUCGAGGUGGUGCGGAGGUCUGGGGCCCCUUCUACCAUGGUUGCUACUGGAUCCUGGCCUCUUCCGUCGGUCGUCGAGGACCCAAUCGAGGCCCCGUACUCGGACAACGUGAAUGUGUUCGGUCUGGAGCCGGGGCCCGCGUUAGCAACGCGUGAUCGCAUCGUCGCCCAGUUCGAGGCGGAGGGUUUCGCCAUGCAUGAUAUCUCCGAGGCGUCGUCCGAGGGCGUCGUCCUGGGAGCUGACGUCGGAGGGCCGGACCCCCUCACCCGCCGCUCUCUAAAAAAGCUGCUGGUGGUCAGGAAAGCUCUGUUCUGGCUCGCAACUGGCCCGUACGUAAGUGGCCGACAGCUGGAGGUUAUCUUGGGACAUUAUGUUGCUGCCUGUCUCUUCUGCCGCCCAGGCUUUUCGAUCAUGCGUGCGGUGUACGAGUUUGUCCGGGCUUCUUACGACAGGCCCAAGGUCAUCGCUACCGACGCGUCCACCACCGGGAUGGGAGUAACCGAGGCCAGGUUGUACUUGAUUGACAAUUUCGGGGACAGCCACGGGCGCGCGUCGACCACCAAGGGGGUCCAGCGCGCCGUGCGGAAGGCUCGUGCUGUUCGUCUUCCAGCUCCAGCCGCGCCGAGGCGGGCCAGGCUGGGAAGGCCCGCUGCCGCGCCGGCGCUGCGGCGGCGCCCGGCGGCGGUGGCCGCGCCUGUGCCGCUUCGCCGCCCAGCAGCCGCAGGCGCGCCCGCGCCGAUGCGCCGCCCGGCCGCGGCGCCCGGCGCUGCCGGGCUUCGGCCCCGGCUGGCGGCGGCGGUGGCGACGGUGCGGACCUCGAAGGUGACAGCCACGAUCCCGUCGGCGUGCGAGAACGCAGCCGUCGGUGCCUCAGCCAGGCUGUCCUACCAGCAGUACUACGCGGCCUUCCUGGCGUUCGUGGGACAGCCAGCCGACGACCUCGAGGCGCUCGAGGUGCAGGUCCUGGAGGUCCUCGACACGUUCCUGGAGGCGGGCUGCGCGAAGGGGGACGCGGACUACCUGGUCGCCGCCGUCAAGGACGCGCUGCCGCGGGCGACGGGGCCGAGGGCCCUGCCUCGCGUGCAGCGCGCGCUGAAGGGGUACGGCAAGAAGGUGCCCCCGAGGUCGCGGGCUCCCGCGCCCCGCGAGGUGGUGGGCUCAGCGAUCUCGGGACUCCUCUCGGUGAACGAGCGGGACGCCGCGCUCCAGGUGCUCGCGAUGUUCAGCACGUUCAUCCGCCCGGGAGCGCUGAGGAAGCUGCUGGUGAGGGACCUCUUGCGGCCCACGAGGGCCGGGGGUGCCAUGGCGGUGUGGUCGCUCCUCCUGGCGCCGACGGCGGCCGACCCGCUGGCCCCGCUCGCCCACGAGGCGGACCGAGCCCGCUUCCUGACCAAGACGGGGACGUCCGACGAGGCAGUGCCGCUCGACAACCCGCUUUGGCUCGGGCCUCUGUUGGCCCAGCACGCACACGGCCGUCCAGGGCAUCUGUCGUUGUUCACCACCCCCGCGGUCGACAUGGCGGUGUUGUUCCGCAAAGUCACGGCGGCUCAGGGGCUGCAGGAUGUGUGCCUAUACCAGUUGCGCCACGGCGGUGCGAGCGAGGAUGUCCUCUCGGCCCGCCGCGCCCUCGGGGAAGUGAAGUCGAGGGGGCAUUGGAGCCAGGACAGCAGCGUCAAGAGGUAUGCAAAGCCCGGGAUGGUCCAGCAGCUGUUGUCGGCGCUGUCACCAGCCGCCCGAGCGCACGGCGAGGUCCAGUGGGCGAGGCUCGAGGACCUCUUCGCGGGGCGCCUUCGCUCCUCGUGGCCCGUGCAGUAG